UUGAAAAAAAAAAAAAAUUUCUUUUCACCUUGCAUUUCUGUUGAAAAGGACGACUUCUACACCUGUUGUUAUAUUGACGAGAGAAUAAAAGUGGUUUUCGACCUGUUAGUCAAUGUUCCAUCUCCUCCACCUUGAGACCUGAACGUGAUGACGUCAUCAAAUUACAAAAGUUGGAUGAAGAGUUGAGCCGCAGCCAUUUCAGUCCGAGUUAACCAGACCAUAGAAGACGAAGGCUUGAUAUUACAAUUUGUUGCGUCGAUCAUUGAUCUAUAUAUGUAUAUAUAUAUAUCAUGUCGAUAUGGUGAUUCCCUGAAAUGAUCUACAAUUCUUGUGAAGAUCAUUUAUCAUCAUAUUAUAUAGUUCAAUGACUUCGUGGAAUAUUAUUCUAAGACAUACAACUAUAAACAAAUUCAAAGUGAUUUUUGUUAUCUCAUAAUCGGUGAAUUUUAUUUCAUAUAAUAUAUAUUUUUUUUAUACUAAACAUUUCGUUUAAAAACUGCAUCAAAAGGAUUCUUGAGAGGCAUAACUAUUACUAUAUUGAAAAGCAAACGCCCAGGUGAAAGGGAAUUUAUUGUUGAGGAACAUUUCGUCUAUAUACAGAAUAUUUCAUUCAUAGAAUUGUGAAUUUUUAUCAGAAUGAAUCCAGUACAGAUUUUCAAAAUAAAAUAUUGUUGACAAUUCAAUGAUGACAUCGAAUAAUAGUGAAAAUAAAAGAAAAACGUGAAGAUAAUAAAAUGUAUUUGAUAAAAUUUCAAUAAACAUUGAGUUUUGGAAUUUAUUUAUUUUGUCAAAUGAUUUUCGUUUGGAUCUUUAUACAGUGAUUUUUGAAUUAAAUGAUUAGAAGAUUAUUUCUUGAGCAAUGAUGUGGCCAAUAGUGAGAAAAAUAUGUCGAAUUAGACUGAUUGUAUUGUUUACAAUAUUUGUCGUUGGUUUAAUUUUUAUUUGGUCAAAAAUUGGAAUUCAAAACGAUGGCAAUUUUAAUGCAUUUCGAUCAUCAGACAGAGGGAAAGAUUACAUAGAUCGAAGAGGAAUUCACGUUGUGGUUGGUCAUUAUAUUGGCGAUUCGGUCGAUCCUUUAAAAAGUCCCAAUAUUACAAAAGAUCUAAUUAAUAAAAAUAUGUUUAAUCCCCGACCAUUUGAGGGAAGAGAUGGAGAUCCAGUUUUGAUUCCUUCAAAAGAUUUUUAUGUGAUGCAACAACUUUUUCAAAUAAAUAGAUUUAAUUUAAUGGCAAGCGAUCGAAUUCCUUUGAAUAGAUCGUUGCCUGACGUUAGGAAAAAAAGGUGUAUAUCACGUUAUGCAAAUAUUGAUGGUUUGCCAAAAACUUCAAUUAUUAUAGUUUUUCAUAAUGAAGCUUGGAGCACACUUUUACGAACGGUUCAUAGUGUUAUUAACAGAUCUCCAAGACAAUUGCUUGAGGAAAUUAUUUUAGUUGAUGAUAAUAGUGAUCGAGAAUUUCUCAAGACUCCAUUGGAUGAAUAUGUGAAAAAUUUAACUGUACCAACUUAUGUUUUGAGAUCUGUAAAAAGAGUGGGACUCAUAAAUGCGAGACUUUUAGGUGCUAAUGCAGCAAAGGGAGAAGUUCUCACAUUUUUGGAUGCUCAUUGCGAAUGCACGGUUGGAUGGCUGGAACCUCUACUUGAAGCAAUUUCGAAAAAUAGAACCAGAGUUGUUGCUCCAGUGAUAGAUAUCAUUAACGAUGAUACUUUUAGUUAUGUCAGAUCAUUUGAAUUGCAUUGGGGAGCUUUUAAUUGGGAUCUUCAUUUUCGAUGGUUGACAUUGAGUGGUCAAGUUUUAAAGGAACGUCGUGAAAAUAUUGUUGAACCAUUUAAAACACCAGCAAUGGCUGGUGGAUUAUUUUCAAUGGAUAAAAAUUAUUUUUUUGCCCUUGGUAGUUAUGAUGAUCAAAUGCAAAUUUGGGGUGGAGAAAAUCUUGAAUUGUCAUUUCGUGUUUGGCAAUGUGGAGGUUCAAUUGAAAUUGCUCCAUGUUCUCAUGUUGGUCAUUUAUUUAGAAAAUCAUCACCGUAUACAUUUCCCGGUGGUGUUGGUGAAAUUCUUUAUGGAAAUCUUGCGCGUGUUGCUCUCGUUUGGAUGGAUGAGUGGGCGGAUUUUUAUUUUAAAUUUAAUCCCCAAGCUGAAAGAGUGAAAGAUAAGCAACAAGUGAGAUCACGAUUGGAAAUGAGAAAAGCCCUAAAAUGUAAAAAUUUUGAAUGGUAUUUGGACAAUGUGUGGCCCGAGCAUUUUUUUCCAAAAAAAAAUCGAUUUUUUGGCAAGAUUCAACACGUUCAAUCGGAAAAUUGUUUAAUGAGACCAAUGGGUAAGGGAACGUAUAAUCAUCCAGCGGGAAAUGUAAUAAUUCUUCCAUGUAUAAAUCCUCCAAAUUUGGUCCAAAUGUUUGUGAUGACCAAAGAAGGUGUGAUAAUGACAGAUGAAAGUGUCUGUUUGGAUGCACCUGAAAAAGAUACUCAACACAUUAAACCAAAAGUAAAGAUUAUGAUGUGCAAUGGUCUCGAGAGACAAAAGUGGGAGUACAAUGAGGAGACCAGGAAAUUGAUUCACAAAUCAUCAGGAAUGUGUUUGACGGUGUCGAGUGAUAACAAAGAAGGUCCAGUGAUAGCCUCAUGUGACGAGAGCGUGGACCAAGAAUGGAUGUUGAAAUCAAUUCUUUGGAAAAAUGAUUCCUAAUUAAAUUAUACAAUUUCAAUAGUAUAAUUAUUUCGCUCAGAAAUAUUUUGUAAAUUCCACUCAAUUUUUAUUCAAAAAAAAAAGGAAAAAUCGCAAUAAUUUAGAAAACUUUUUUUUAAAAAUAAAUUUCCCCAUAGAUGAUAUUAAUUGCAAAAGACUGAUAUUUAGAUAAAUUUAUAUUUUAUAAGUUUAGUUCGUAAACUUGUAAGUACUUAAGUGUGUCUGUUUCGCGGAUGUUUGCAAAUUUUUUUUUUUUAAUGUAUGCAGUAAUUAAUAAAAAAAAUUAUCUUAAAAUUUGUU